UGAGCGUGUUCUGGAGUGUAUCACUGAACAGGCUGAAGAGCAUGACAUCGAGAGGUUUCAGCCGCUGCUCUCCGGCAUGCAGAAGAACUCCAUCACACUCAAGGCUGGCUGUAUGCAGCUGAUCAAUGCCCUGAUCAGUCGGGUGGAGGAGCUGGACUUCAGGAUUCACCUGCGCUCUGAGCUCUCCAGGCUGGGCCUCAGAGACAUGCUGAAGGACGUGCGAGCAAUCGAGAACGAGGAGCUGAAGGUGCAGCUGCAGGUGUUUGAUUGGCAGGCUGAUGAAGACACUGAAGAUCUGCGCGCUCGACUGGACGACAUCCGCAUCGAGAUGGAUGAUGUGACUGAAGUCUUCCAGAUCUUGAUGAACACAGUGAAGGACUCUAAAGCUGAGCCUCUGUUUCUGUCUCUGCUCCAACACCUGCUGCUGGUGCGAAACGACUACAUGUCCAGGCCACAGUACUAUAAACUCAUCGACGAGUGUACGGCGCAGAUCGUCCUGCACAAGAACGGCUGCGAUCCUGACUUCAAAUGCAGGAAGUUUGACCUGGAAGUGGGUCAUUUGAUUGAUAACAUGGUUGAUCAAACCAAAGUGGAAAUCAGUGAAGCCAAGGCCACAGAGCUGGAGAAGAAGCUGGACACUGAGCUGACGGCCCGUCAAGAGCUGCAGGUGGAGCUGAAGAAGCUGGAGACCGAUUACGAGCAGAAACUUCUGGAUCUGAGCGCUGAGAAAGAGACGCUGGGGAAGGAGAAGGGCGAACAGGAGAAGGAGAAUAAAGUCAUGCAGUCUGAGAUCAACCUGCUCAAGGAGAAGAUCGAGAAGCUGUCAAAAGAUCUGAAAGAAGCCAAAGCGAAGGUGAUCACUGUGCACGUGCCUGUGGCUCCGCCUCCUCGUCCAGGUGAGGCCAGUCUGCCUCUGCCUCCUCCACCUCCACCCUUACCGGGACAGACUGCGAUGCCUCCUCCUCCACCUCCUCCUCCUCUACCUGGAGGUCCUGCUUUCCCUCCUCCACCUCCUCCUCCUCCUCUACCCGGAGCAGCUGCAAUGCCACCUCCACCACCACCUUUACCCGGAGCAGCCGGUUUUCCUCCUCCACCUCCACCGCCUCCUCUUCCGGGUGGUCCUGGUCUUCCUCCUCCUCCACCUCCUCUCCCUGGAGGUCCAGGCAUGCCUCCUCCUCCUCCUCCUCCACCUGGGAUGGCCGGUAUGCCACCUCCACCUCCUCCUAUGGGCGGUCCCGGGAUGCCUCCGCCUCCUCCGUUUGGAGGAUGGGCUCCUCCUGUUCCUCAGCUGCCCUUCGGAUUACAGCCUAAAAAAGAAUACAAGCCUGAGGUGCAGAUGAAGAGGGCCAACUGGAGCAAGAUCUCGCCGGAGGAUCUCUCUGAAGGCAGCUUCUGGGUGAAGGCCAAGGAGGACCGCUUCGAGGAUAAGGAGCUCUUCGCCAAACUCACACUGGCCUUCUCCACACAGACCAAGACAAAGAAAGAUCAAGAAGCGUCAGAAGAGAAGAAAAAUGCUCAGAAGAAGAAAGUGAAAGAGCUGAAGGUGCUCGACUCCAAAACAUCCCAGAAUCUCUCUAUAUUUUUGGGUUCAAACAGGCUGCCUUAUGAAGAGAUGAAGACCGUCAUCCUGGAGGUCAAUGAGACGCUUCUCACUGAAAACAUGGUGCAGAGUUUGCUGAAGCUGCUGCCGGAGCAGGAGCAGCUGAACACAUUAUCAGAGAUGAAAGAUGAAUACGAGGAGCUGGCCGAGUCUGAACAGUUCGGUGUUGUGAUCAGUUCAGUGAAGCGUCUGAAGCCGCGUCUGACUGCCAUCCUCUUCAAGCUGCAGUUUGAGGAGCAGGUGAAUAACGUGAAGCCGGAUGUGGUGGCGGUGACGGCGGCCUGUGAGGAGCUGCGCAAGAGCGAGAGUUUCUCCAAACUGCUGGAGAUCACACUGCUGCUGGGAAACUUCCUGAAUGCCGGCUCACGCAACGCCAAAGCUUUCGGCUUCAGUGUCAGCUACCUGUGCAAGUUGAGAGACACUAAAUCGGCGGAUCAGAAGCAGACUCUCCUGCACUUCCUGGCGGAGACCUGUCAGGAGCAGUACCCUGAGGUCAUGACCUUCCCAGAGGAGCUCAUCCAUGUGGAGAAAGCCAGCAAAGUGUCAGCAGAGACGCUCCAGAAGAGUCUCGAUCAGAUGGGGAAGCAGAUCAAGAGCCUUGAGAAGGACAUCGAGACGUUUCCUCCUCCGCAGAGCGACAAGGACAAAUUUGUAGAGAAAAUGACCAGUUUUGUAUCGACGGCUCGGGAGAAUUUCGAGAAGCUCCAGCUGCUGCAUGAAAACAUGGAGAAACAGUAUGAGGAUCUAGGAAAGUAUUUUGUCUUCGACCCCAAAAAGAUGAGUCCAGAAGAGUUCUUCGGUGACCUCAACAACUUCAGGACCAUGUUCCAGCAAGCGGUGAAAGAGAACCAGAAACGCAAAGAAGCGGAAGAGAAGAUGCGCAGAGCCAAACUGGCCCGAGAGAAAGCUGAGAAAGAGAAAGAAGAGAAGCAGAAGAGGAUAAACUCUGGACAGAUUCCCAACAUCAACGACGAUGGAGAUGAGACUGGGAUCAUGGAUGGUUUGUUGGAGGCUCUUCAGUCUGGAGCUGCAUUCAGGAGGAAGAGAGGACCACGACCAGCAGCCAAUAAUCGGAGAGGAGCUGGUCACGCCGUGACAAACCUUCUUGCCAAAGAGCUUCUUCAGGAGGACGCGUCACCGAGUGGCACGAAAAAGAGCCGUCAGGAUGCCGCGGACGGGAAAGAGUCUACGGAGGACACAGGCUCACUGGAGGAUCUCUUAGAUGCCGUACCGUUACGCUCCAAUUAAAGAGCAGUUCUGCUGGGGAAGAGACUGAUUGUGUUCUGGGACCAAGUCUGCGAGGGCGGGGCUCUCGCUAAAACCACACCCCUCCAGGUAGACCACAUGGCCUUACUAUUGGCCGUCACACUUGGGGGUGUGGUCUCUGCUUGUCACUUAUCAAUUUCUAGCACUCUUUCACUCUAAACACAAUCUUCAUCUCUUCAUCUUCAUCAUCUUCAAGAUUUCCAAAGAUUUCCCAUGCUUGUGUUCCAUUCCAUAUUUGUCCAAAUUAACAUGCGCAGUUUAUUUUUUUCGUUAACUCUGAAACGUACUCUGAAAAUAAUGAUUCUUUGGGUUUGCUAGUUUUUUUUAAGGUAAGUGGUUGCAAACUAUUUAUAUAGGCUGGAUUUUAACAAACAAAUUAAAUUUAGUUCCCAUUAGUGUUGUCACGAUACUGAAAUACGGUACCAAUCGAUACUGGAAAUUUAAAAGCGUCCAUUUCCCGCUAACAUUUGAACGCGUUCUUAAACGGCGCCGAUUGGCCUUUGUGUUCACAUGCUCAACAGAAAGGACUGUGAUUGGCUGUGAAGGUCAUCAGUUCACCAAACUCACCGCUGUUUACUAAGUGUAACCACAGAUACAGGGGCACUGUAGCUUUUCAAAGUCACAUCGAUGAGCUGGUUUGUCUAUAAGCGGACAUACAAGCGAUCCGCUGAUGAAUCGUGGCUUUAAAACGCUCCAGUGUCCCUGUAUCUGUGGCUACACUCAGUAAACAGCGGUGAGUUUGAUGAACUGAUGACCUUCACGGCCAAUCACAGGCAUUUCUGUUGAGCACUGGUGUGGCAAAUCCAGCGCUGUUUAAAAACGACCUCAAAUGUUAGCAGGAAAUGGAUGUUUUUAAAACUCCAGUAUUGAUUAGUACUGAUUUCCAGUAUCGUGACAACACUAAAUCCCAUAUGAAUUGUUUGCAAGCACUGACCUUUAAAAGAAAUCAAGUAAAUCAAAUGAAUCAUUGUUUUUAGUGUAUCAUUGUUCGAAGAGUUACAUUUAUUUUACUGGAAAUGCAAAGUGCCAACGCUUCCAUGAAUGCAUGCUAGGUUGUUGUGUAAUUGAGGUGUUCUCACUAAUGUAGUCCAUCACACGUGUUGAAGAAGGUCUGGUACCUGUUCAGGAGUAGUUUUCUCAUCACUUUCUCAGUCAUUCAGGUCUUUCUGAACAUCUGAAUUUCUCACUAGCUAAAACCGCUGCAGCUUGCUCAUAACAGUUUUGGAUAUUUGACAUUGACUUGGAUUAAAUGUGACGUAUUAUGGAGAAAAUCAAUGUAAAUUGUUGCUUUGAAAUGAAUGCGAUGAGUUUAAUAUAUUAUAAUCUCUGCACUGGCUACAUUUGCUUCCAAUCCUUGGUAAACGUGGUCAGUUUUUGUGUCUUUCUGAUACCAUCGCUGUAGUGGAUUUACUGUUUUGUUCACUGCUGAUAGAAGCAUCAUCGUGUGAUAAAUCAUCUUUUAUCUGCUUCCGGAUGGUGAUUUUGACCUUAUACAAGAGCCGCAAAUUGUCUACAAACAUUUUGAUGGCUGAACUAAUAAUCAGGCAGGAUGUUUGGCAUCUGUUUUCCUAUGAUGAACGGUUUGAUCGAGCCAAGUCAGAACGUGUUUCUCAUUGGUGCUCAUAUCUCUGCAUAGUCAUUCUCAUUGCAGUCACAUCCCAGAACUUUUAUAUCAGAUACUGUUAAUGGAGUCGACGGUUAAGAUUGUUGUCGUAAACUUAUGGGAAUAUAGAUGUAUGACCUCUGCGUUUCAGCUUUGCAAUAUGAAUGAGGGUGUUUGCUGAAUGUUUGAGGGUAGAGAUCACUGUUUAAAGCCAUAGCUCGGACUGCUUUCGUCAAGAAACCCUGAGAAAUUUGUCUUCCGGAUUAUCGCUGUUAAAGUCGUGUAUAUGCAUUUUUGUGAUGUGAAAACGUGACCGUGUUUCAGCGAUGAUCCUAAACGCUGCCUAGAUACCAGAAAAUCUGAAAGAGAAUGAGUUUUUAAAGCCAAAUACGCAAUAUUAAUGUUUGUGUGGUUUUGCGUAAAGGCUGAUUGAUGCGUGUGCAACGCUUUCACUUUCUUGGAAAAGCUGGAUAAAGAUCACUGGAAAAAAAAAACAUGGAGACUCCGGUUUCUCUUUGUUUCGGUGUUGUUUUUUAAAACAUUUUUCAGUUUUUAAUUGUCGAUUGUUUUACUGUAAGAAUAUCGAGAUUGUAUUGGUGAGAUCUAUUUGGUCAAAUUGUGUAUAUUGCGUUUUUUUUUUUGACUGUAGAGAUGUUUAUUCUGGUUUUCUCUAAAGCCACACCAUUAAAAUAUCUUCUUUAAUA